AUGUCCGACCAAGUUUUGCUGCCCCAGGUUGCGUACCGGCCACCCUCCCCGCAGGGUCGGCGGAGGCCGGCGCGGACACUUAAUCCUAUAAUGGAGGAGCCAGAGCACUCGAGAGACUCGUUCGCCUCGAGGAGGAGAAGGAACGGGCCUUCGGUUGAGAAGAUUGAACAGUGGCUUUCCCCCAUGAGCGACCACUUCCCCACACCAAGAGGAAUGCACUUUCUGGCCGCCCCGAUCCUGCCAGCUACACCAUCAGUCCUCUCCCAGGCAACCAACGAGAGCGAGCCCGAGCUCGAUAAUGACGACGUCAGCUCCGAAGCUUCAUCAUCAAACCCAUCCUUCCAGUGGAACCACAACAGCAACAACCGAGAGAGUAUCAUGACCGAUGUCACCGAGUUUGAUGAUCUGUACGAUGUGUCCGAUGACGAGAUCCGACGAAAGCAGCGUCUUCAGGCAAACGGUAUCGGCCGGCAACGGAGCUCCACCCGGAGCUCAAGGAGUUCAAGGAACCUCAAGAGAUCAUCCAGGGCCUCCCUUGAGUUUCGCCGGUCAUUGACCCCUCUUGUGAUCCCAGAGGAAGCCCAGCAAGCCGCGAAGAAGGUUUUGUCGCCCAUCCCACCAACACCGCCAUCCGCUGUUGCCAUGUCACCAGCUAUCAUGUCACUUAUGGAACUGAGGCAAACACAAGACACUCCCCGCGUCUCAGCCCCACCAUCUCUCGACGGCAGCAUCAACUCGGAGGAAAUGGCCGCCAUGUCAGCACCACCCACUCCCGUGGUUGGUUCUGAGUAUGGUGCCGAUGAGGAGUGGUCUGGAGUUCGUCUCCAGCCUGGUGCUCUCGAGACUCUCCAGGCCCUCGCUGGUGACGAAUCAGCGUUUGCUGAGCAACCCACUCAGGUUAUUGAGGUGCCACAAGAGAUGGCUCAAACCCGCAGACAGCCUCCCCGCAUCAUGACCAACUUGAACCGGGCCCCAUCAGCUGCCCGUCUGUCUCUUGCUGAUCUCAGCAAGCUCGAGAUCCCAUCCCCAGGUGGCUUCUUUUCUGAGCUCUCGUCUGCCAGCCGGCAAACAUGGCACGCUGAGAAGAACACCGAGGAAACCGAUGAGGGCCAACCCCCUACUUCUACAACCGCUGAGAAUUUUUACAAGAUCCCAUGGAGCCGCGACAGAGUUCCUCCCCCACCACCCAGGCCACUGCACCUCGACAACCUGCCAUCAGCCAUCAUCGAGCGUGUUGUUGAGUUCCCCGAGACCCAGGGCCAGGAGGACCUCCCGACAGCCAUUCGCAUUGAGCCUACCCCAGUUCCUCUUACUGCUAUUAGAAUUCCACCCACUCCUAGACAGUCUGAGGCCACUGCUUCCGAGACCGCUGUUGGCGAGCCCAGCUCACCAAUCGUUGUUACUGAGAUCAUUGCCGAGCUUGACCGUGACUAUGUCGCCAAGCAAGAGGAGAAUGUUGUCUCCCACGCUGGCCGCACCCAGAUGUGGCUCAUGGCUCAGCGCGCCUACCUUCAAGGUGUUGCCGGCUUCUCUGAUGAGGUCGAGGAGCAAGAAUCUGAGGCUUCUGAGCACGAGUCCGAGGCCGAGGACAAGGUCGAGGAGCCCAAGGUUGAGGCUACCGAAGAGGUGCCCUUGAAGAAGUCCAAGUCCGUCCGCUUCUCCGCCCUUCCCCUGGACAACUUCCCUCAACCUCCAAAGAAGCUCCCACCCAAGCUCCUCCGUCAGGAGUCGGCUUACUACCGCGCCUUCACCGACUUCACCGUCCGCUCCUGCCACACCGACGCCUUUGUCCACCGUCAGCCCCGCUUCGAGGCUCUUCAGGCCCAGCGCAUUUCCCUCAGAGAUGCCCACCGCAACCAGCUCCUCGGAAAGUACCAGCUCUCCGUCGUUCCUCAAUGCACAUGUCCGCUUGGCACGUCGCCGCUACCAAGCAGCUCAACGGCGGCAGGCUUGUUUCUGCUCCCGUCGGCAAGCGCCUCGCUCGUCAGUCCACCUUUGCCCCUGGCACAGGCAGCAAUGGCCUCCCCCGUGACCGGGCUAGAAUCCUUGAUCUCGGCGGCCAGGGCGCCUGCGACUGGGCCUGGCAUGCUGCCCUCCAGUUCCACCAACUGCAAGAUUUAUACUGUCACUACCAAGGCCAUCCGUCAACUGUCCAACUCCAACAUCCGUGGCCCUCCCAACCAUAGGCAGGUCGCGGUGGAGAGGUUGACCAAGCUUCCCUUUGCGGACAACCAGUUCGAUCUCAUCUCCGCUCGGGAGCUCCAUGCUGUGCUGAAGAUGGCGGGCGAGAACGGGGUGGACGAGUGGGACGCCUGUCUGGCCGAGUGCAUGCGCGUCCUCAAGCCAGGAGGCUACAUCGAGUUCAACCUCUUGGAUGCCGACAUCAUCAACGCGGGAGAGUUGGGCAACGCCAAGGCGGUCGAGUUUGGGUUCGCGCUGCAGACUCUGGGAUAUGACGCCCGCCCGACAAAGAACUUCAUCUCGAGGCUUGACAAGGCCGGUUUCGAGGAUGUGAGGAGGGCGUGGGUUGCUAUGCCUGUGGGACCCAAGAAGCUGCCCAAGCCGGUGGUGAGUGUCGGUCGGGAUGAGGCGGGCGGGGAGGAGAGGGAGGUUCUUCGGAUGGAGGCGGUGGUGAGCGGGUCGAGCGACAAUAUUGCUGCUGUUACGGGGUUGGUUGCGGGCUGGAGUUGGGAGAAGUGGCUGUUGAGGGCGGAGAUGGAGAGGGCGGCGGGGGAGUUGAGGUUGGCGGAUACGGUUACGCCUGGGAAGGCGAUGAAGGAGGCGGGGAAGAUGAUUGCUGAUGUUAGCGCUGUUGUUGAGGAGGGGAGGGCGAAGGGGAGUUUGUUUAGGUGUUUGAAGGGGUAUGCGAGGAAGCCGGUUCCUAAGCCCAAGGUGGAAUUUGCCGAUGAGUUGAAUGAGUUGGAUCGGAGUGGGAGCAUCAGAAUUUGCUUGGAUACCGAGAGCUUGUAUUGA